UUGGCCUCUUUGUUCAGCUCACCCCUGAGCAGAGUAGACAGAGCUCAGUGACCGGCACUUCGGGGUGAAUGGCGCCUGAAGUUGCGGAAGGUCAACCAUGUGGCCCCAAAGCGGACAUCUGGUCUUUUGGAAUUGUGGGCAUCGAAAUGGUGGAAGGAGAAGUUCCCUACUGGAUUGAAACUCCUGUCUCGCAUCAACUCCUGAUAGCCACGGGAGAGAGACGAAAGCUGCAGCAGCCAGAACCACUAUCUCCUUGGCUGCGGGACUUCCUGCGCUGCUGCCUGCAGACAAACAGUCUGCGGCGCUGGUCUGCCAAGGAGCUCCUGCAGCAUCCAUUUGUAACAUCAGCCAAGCCAGCAUCCAUCCUGGCACCAUGCAUCAUUGCAGGGAGGAAGAAGAAGGAAGAGACAGGAAUGUGAAAAGCAC